AUGGUGAUCGAGACCAACACCAGCUGGUUCCAGCUGGUACCAGCUGGCGUAUACGCUGACUUUUCAGUUUGUCCCGCCUUUAGCCGCGGCCAGUGGCGAUCAGCUAAUAAUGCCGCUGCUGAGCCGGAGAUUCGGUCAGCUGUUCUUCCGCAUUACGGACGCACAAUGGGUGGCAUGUCAUGGCCCCGAAAACCAGAAAUCGGCGGUGGUGCGACUAAUCCGACUCUGGCAGCUGCAAAGGCAAUGGCGCUUAUCGGCCCCACGCGCUCACGCAACCAUUGGCCGAGCGCCGUCGUGCUGCCUUAUCAGGAAGGUGGUCGGUCCUUUUUCUGCCUGGCUCUUUGUCUCUGGCUCGACAACAGGCAACUGGCCGAGGGUGGUGUCAGCCAGAAGGAUGGAACAAAUGGACCUAGGCCAUACGAGCGCGAGGACUCGACAGCGUCUGAACGGAACAUGGCCGUUGACGGCACAGACCCACGCACAUACGACCACAUGCAGGCUGGCGAUGGGGCCGUGGGCGAGGUCACGGUGGCGUCGCUGACAGGAAGUCGUGCGGAUGCGCAUCACGGGCGCAACCUCUACAACCCCAACAUCACCUUUGAGGAGUACCACUACUACGCGCAGCAGACACGAGCCGAGGAGGCCACUCAGCCACUGACGGCCUACGAAACCACCAUCUGGUCGCUCAUCUUCCCACCCAAGUCGGGCGAGGGCGUGAAGCGAGCCGAGCAGGACAGCCCAGCCGGCGUCGCGGCCGGCUCUCUGGACGAGAAGACGGGCGACAAAGAGGCAUUGCCAGCCAGCGGCGAUGGUGGCCAGGCCGCUGUCAGCGACGAGGAGUGGACCAACGCGUCACGAGCUCUGCGCACAGCCACCCGGGGCGCCAUCUUCUACCUGAUCACGACCGACAUUCUGGGGCCGUUUGGGCUGCCGUACGCGUUUGCGACUAUGGGCUGGGGACCUGGCGUGGCCCUGUUUACCGUGUUUGCCGGGCUUGCAGGCUAUUCUGGCUACCUGCUCUGGGGCGUCUUCCUCGGGCUGGAUUCGUACCAGUAUCCGGUGCGCAGCUUUGGCGAUUUGGGCUACCGUCUGUACGGCCCGUGGUUACGGUACCUAUUCAACUUCUUGCAGUCGGUGCAGCUGCUGCUCAAUGUCGGCCUGAUUGUCAUCUCCAAUGGCGAGGCGCUGUCGCAGGCUGCCAAGUUCCGGCUCUGCUUCAUCGUCUGCUGCCUCGUCUGGGCCAUCGUCGGCUUCCUCGUCGGCCAGAUCCGCACGCUGCAAAAGUUUGGCUGGCUGGCCAACGUGGCCGUCUGGCUCAACCUGCUCUGCAUGUUCGUCACCAUGGGCGCGGCUGCCCACUCGUCUCCCAACUACACCGGUGCCGCCAUGUCGGCCGGCGCAUCUAUUCAAGGCGGCGCCGUCGUCACGCCCAACGCCCAGGGCGUCUACCCGCCCGUGCAGACGAGCGGUGGCAUCCCCGACACCGGCGGCUUCACCGCGUCUGUCAGCGGCGCCAUGCAGGCCAUCUUCGCCUACGGUGGCUCCAUGGUCUUCCCCGAGUUCAUGGCCGAGAUGAAGCGGCCCAAGGAUUUCCUGACGGCCAUGUGGGCUGCCCAGGCGUUCAUCUACUUCUGGUACAUGCUCUACGGCCUCUUCAUGUACGGCUACCAGGGCCAGUACGUCAUCAACCCAAGCUAUCUCGGCAUCGGCAAGUACAGCCUCCAGACGGCCGGCAACGUGUUCGCCAUGGUCAGCGCCGUCAUCGCUGCCGCUCUCUACGGCAAUAUCGGCAUCAAGGUACUCUACAACAACAUCUGCGUCGAGUUCUUCCGCGCGCCUCCCCUGCAAACCUUUGCCGGCAAGGUCAUCUGGGCCGGCCUGAUUCCCAUCUACUGGGCCAUUGCCUUUAUCAUCGCCGCCGCCAUUCCCAACUUCUCCGGCCUCACCUCUGUCGUCGCCGCCUUCUGCAUCCUCCACUUCACCUACACCUUCCCGCCCCUCCUCUCGAUCGGCUACCUGAUUCACAAGCACGCCAUGCGGCCGGCCGAUGGCGAGGGCUUCGACCCGGCCACCGGUAAUGUCACCCGCCUCGACUCGGGACCCCGCCGCUGGAUCCGUGGCUUCCUGGCCUACCGCUGGUGGAUGAACUCGGCCAACGUCAUCUACAUGCUCGGCGCUCUCGCCCUCGGUGGCCUGGGCGCCUACUCGUCUAUCGAGGUGCUGAAAGCCGCCUUCAAGACAAGCACGACGACCUCCUUCACCUGCAAGAGCCCAUUGAACGGAUAG